GCUCGAUCUAGAGCAGGAUUACACUACCUGAGCUUUUAUUUAUAAACGAGUAAAAAAGGAAGCCAUUCAACACAGACAAGGAAAUGAGGCUGCUGUACAGUCUCCUCUUCGCCAGCUUUUAUAUCCAAGGGCUGGUGCUGCUGGCUACCAGUGAGGAGAUCGAUGUCGUCGAAGCCAUACCCAGCUCCGAGGAGAUCAACGACCAUGCGAUAGCGAAAGACCGCGAGGACUCGGACUCUAAUCCGGAUCAACUAGCUUUGGAAUCGGAUCAGGAGAAGCCGCCGCAGAAGCAGUCCUACAAUGGGCCUCCGCCUCCGCCACCCAGGAACAACAUUAAUCGCGUCAGCACCGGCCACCACAACAUUCCCUUGCAGCAUGGAAGCGGUAAACCAUUUGGAAUCCCGAAACCCGGUUUCGACCAUAAACUCUACAAUGGACCACCGCAGAAGCAGGCGAUGGAUAAGUACGGAACGAGUGGCGGAGAGAUUUGGCCAGCCCCGGUUCCCGACAUGCCGAAAAUUAUUUCGUUGGACGUUAAAUGCGAGAAGAACCUGAUGAAAGUCUACGUCGGUUUCGAUAAACCAUUCUACGGUAUAGUCUUCAGCAAGGGGCAUUACAGUAACGCGCAUUGCGUGCAUUUACCGGCCGGCCUCGGCAGAACAUCAACGCAAUUCGAGAUCGGAAUACACGCUUGCGGAACUUCUGGUAACACCGAGAACGGUCUUUACGGUUACGGAGCAGAAUCUGGUUCUGGGACGUUCUUCGAAAACAUCAUCGUCAUUCAGUACGAUCCGCAAGUGCAGGAAGUUUGGGAUCAGGCGAGGAAAUUGCGCUGCACGUGGCACGACCAGUACGAGAAAUCGGUAACUUUCCGUCCGUUCCCCGUUGACAUGCUCGACGUGGUCAGAACCGAUUUCGCCGGAGAUAACGUUGGAUGCUGGAUGCAGAUACAAGUAGGAAAGGGACCGUGGGCCUCUGAAGUUUCAGGAUUAGUUAAGAUUGGUCAGACGAUGACCAUGGUGUUAGCUAUUAAAGAUGACGACUCCAAAUUCGAUAUGCUCGUGAGGAAUUGCAUGGCGCACGACGGUAAACGCGCUCCCAUACAGUUGGUCGACCAGAAGGGUUGCGUGACUAGACAGAAACUGAUGUCUCGCUUCACAAAGAUCAAGAACUUCGGCGCCAGCGCCUCCGUCCUCUCCUACGCUCAUUUCCAGGCCUUCAAAUUCCCGGACAGCAUGGAGGUACACUUCCAGUGCACCAUUCAGAUUUGCAGAUACCAAUGCCCAGAUCAAUGCACCGACGUUCCACCAGGAAGCAUUCACGGUGGACUGCAUAACAGCUUAUUGGAUGUAUCUGCUCAUAACAUUGCUGAAUCUGCAUACGGACCACCACCACCAUUACCACUGGAAGCCUUCUUGCAUGGUGGAAGACCCAGGGAUGAGAGGAGAGCCAGAAGAGCCGUAGACCCGAACGACCCAGAGAAAGAAGUCGGAGUGAAUAGGGUGAUCCGCGUCGUAUCCACCGGAGAUUUGACCUUCUCCUUAGACGAAAACAGCACGACAUCGACGGCCCCGACCAUGGUUUUCCCAGCCAAAGACGAGAUUGCCAACGCCGGCCUCAUCUGCAUGACCACACCUGGUUUCGCCGUAGCCUUAGUCGUUUUAUUAGCUAUUUUAAUAGUAUCCUGCUUGAUGUCGGCAUUCUUGUGCGUCCGCCUGAGACCCUUCGGCGACGACAAAAGCCAAACCUUCGCGAAAUCCUAUCCAAAAGAUAAGAAAAUGGAAACCAAAAACUGCUUUUACUCGUAGACCAACGUGAUUUUCAAUAUUUAUUUGUUUUUGUUUUAUAUAGUAAAGGCUACAUUCUUAAUCGGAAGAAAUAUAUCAUUUAUAACGCCACCCCGAAUUGGCGCUCGUUAUAAGUAAUAUUUUUCCAGAAGAUCAAGCAUCGUAUCCAGAAAUUAACAGAUUCUUCAGUUUUUUGGAAGGAUUUCUUCGUAUUAGAAAUAAGGUUACCCCUAUUUAAAGAAAAAAAAUAAUCACACACGUAUAAAU